CUUGGGGAGGCAACGUCUGCCUGCGAGGCUUUACUCCGGAGAAUAAACGUCCUUUUAACUCUGUGUUAGCAGCACGAGCGCCUUUUCACACCGGUUGAGGUGAUUGCAACGUUCGCGGUCAGCCAUGGCUUCUGAAGAACCAAAAGCAAAGAAACAAAAACUUUCAGAGGAGGAGAAGACAGAGCGUCCGAGCAAAAAGGCUCCCGCCAAACUAAGCCCUAAUUCACUAUUUGGGAUGGGAAACCCCUUACUGGACAUCUCUGCUGUAGUGGACAAAGACUUCUUGGACAAGUACACUCUGAAACCCAAUGACCAGAUCCUGGCAGAGGACAAACACAAAGCACUGUUCGUAUCUCCUAUAUUAUUUGAGGAGAUAGUGAAGAAGUUCAAAGUUGAGUACCACGCUGGAGGAGCCACACAGAACUCUAUAAAGAUUGCUCAGUGGAUGAUCCAAGAACCCCAUAAUGUGGGCACGUUCUUUGGCUGCAUUGGCAAAGACAAGUUUGGAGGGAUCCUGAAGCAGAAGUCUGAGGAGGCCCACAUCGAUGCCCGUUACUACGAGCAAGAUGAAGAGCCCACAGGGACAUGUGCUGCUUGCAUCACUGGAGAUAACAGGUCUCUGGUAGCUAACCUAGCUGCUGCUAACUGUUAUAAGAAGGACAAGCAUCUAGACCUGGAAGAAAACUGGAAGCUGGUGGAAAAAGCUAAAGUCUACUAUAUUGCUGGUUUCUUCCUGACCGUCUCUUUGGAGUCCAUCCUGAAAGUAGCGAAGAAUGCGUCUGAAAACAACAAGCUGUUUUGCCUGAACCUCUCGGCGCCCUUCAUCUGCCAGUUCUUCAAGGAUAACCUCAUGCAGGUUAUGCCCUACGUUGAUGUGUUGUUCGGCAAUGAGACCGAGGCAGUUGCAUUUGCUGAAGCGCAAGACUUCGAGACCAAGGACAUUAAGGAAAUUGCAAAGAAAGCCCAGGCUUUGUCCAAAGUCAACACAAAGAGACAGAGGAUUGUAGUGUUCACCCAAGGGAAGGAUGAUACUGCUAUGGCCAUGAGUGACAAGAUCGAGACAUUCCCUGUACUGAAGAUUGACCCAGAGGAUAUUGUUGAUACAAAUGGUGCAGGUGAUGCUUUCGUAGGAGGUUUCCUGUCUGAGCUGGUCCAGGAGAAACCACUGGAUCAGUGUGUGAAGGCAGCACACUACGCUGCCAACGUCAUCAUCAGACGAGCAGGUUGCACCUUCCCAGAAAAACCUGACUUCAACUGAGGAUUGCCGGACAAAUUGUCCUUCAGCCUGAAACCUCAUGCUCCAUACAAGCUGCCAUACACAACUGCGACCCAUAAUUUCCACUGUUUUCUACAAAUACUACCCUCAAUUAUCAUAGCCACAUUUCUUUCUAAUCAGCCACCCGUCCAUGUUAUUUUUCAAUUCAUCUGCAGAUAAUUUCCUUCCAGUUGUUAGGUGGGUGUCCCCCUGACAUGUGUGCCUGUCUCUGUUCUCCACUUGGGACCCCAAGAGGAUCAUACAGCCAAGAGCCAAUGGAGAUUUGGCUAUAUAUAUACCUGUACAUAGAUGACCAUAAAGGAAUUAUGAUAACAUCCCAGGAAGUGAUAAUGUUGCUUUACACAAAGGAUCUAAAUGGGAAGUCUCUUUUCAUGGACAGUUGUUUUUGUUUCUAAAUGUUUUUUGGCUCUGACACUGCCAACGUCUGGCUGCACAGAUGCCCAUCGGACUGCUGCAAGCUCUUGUGCUGACAUCUCUAGAGUCUGUUGUUUCUUCGCCUUGGAGACAGAAUCAAGCUAAUUUUACAAUGGGAGGACCCAUUAUACAAAAACAAAGGACUAAUGCAUAAAUUAUCAUUGUCAAUGGAGGAUUUGGAUACUGCACUGAAAUGUGCAGUAGUAGUUUGUUUUAGACUUUUUUUAAAGAUGAAUUAUUCCUGAUUUAUUAAUUUUUAUUUGUGUAGAUUUAAUUUAACCGGCCAGUUAUGAAACCAAAGGUUUUUCUUUGAAGUGCACAAUUUUUAAAUGUGUCAAAGCCUCUGCCCACUUAGUCCUGUGAUGACUGCUUUACUGUGUCAAUUAUAUUCACAAGUUACCUUCAACAUCAACAUUGUGGAAGUUUGUUUUUCCUCGCGCUGUUUUUUGGGGCAGGUGCUUUUAGUAACGAGUGCCUUUUUAUUCCUUUAUCUGUAAAUGUUACGAAGUUUGCAGAGGCCACAAGUGUUAUGUGAACCUGCAUUUGUUUUUACAGGCAACUAUAGUGGCUUAUAGGGGUGGCAUCUUUAAAAUGCAUGUAAGGUAGAAAGAUAUUAUGUUUGAAUGGUCUCUACAAUACAGUUGGUAUGAAAUCUGACUUUUCCUCCUGUUUAUUUUUUUUUAAAUGUUCAUUCGGAGUGUAUGUUGAUCUCUUGCAGUAUCAACAUGUAACCCAACUUUAGCACUGUCCGCUUUGCUAAAUCAGAUGGAAAUGUAAUUUAAAUGUACAUUUUCAACAUCAGAUUUUUAUAUUUUUGUCAAGUGACAAUUGGUACAACUGGCAAAUGGGAGAUACAAAAGAAAUUGGGGAAACAAAUCAAAAACAUAAGCUAAAUUAAGGCUCAGGUCACACUUGUGAUAUGGGGCCUAACAUUUCAAACCCCUUGUAUUAACCUGAGUUUGUAGUCUGUGCAACACUAAAUACUUGAAUACAAUUAUCCUGAAUAUAGAUGCACUCUAAAAAUGUCAUGGUGAGCAAAAUGUAAGUUUUCUGAUAUCUCCCAAGUGUUUUGAAACUAUCUGUUCGUGUUGCCCCCCUCUGUUGAAUAGGUGGUUAAUUUUUUAUGUUCAAAAUCACCAAAAAGCCUUAUUUGACAAUUCCUGGUCUAAACUACACUCAAGUUGCCCAUCUCACAAAAAAUCACAAAUAAAACUUAAAGCUAU